CAGUUUUCUGAGACACAUCACAUGCACUGGCCCUCCCCCUUCUCUCCCAAGAUAUAAGCAUCUUUCGUCUUCAUAAAAAUUUUGUAUUGAGCAAUUCACUGUCACGGCAAACAUGGCGUUCGUACCUGCUCCAGGCUAUCAACCUGCCUACAACCCUCCCAUCCCUUAUACCACUAUGAUAGCUGGAGGCCUGCGUGUGGGGAUGGUUGUCUGUGUCCAGGCCAAACUUCCAAGUGACUAUAACAGGUGGGCCAUCAACUUUGCCACUGGACAGGAGAACAGUGCAGAUAUUGCCUUCCAUUUGAAUGCUCGGUAUGAUGGCCGUGACCGUGUUGUCUUUAACUCAAGACAAGGUGAUGUUUGGGGAGAAGAGGAAAUGAAGAGAGAAAUGCCUUUCAAGUCUGGGAAAGUUUUCAUGGUCACGUUCGAAGUGACUCGCAACAACUUUCAGGUGUUUGCUAAUGGUGCUCCAUUCUAUGAGUUUGCACACCGAAUUCCUCUGGACAGAGUGGGCUGGCUGCAGCUGGUGGGAGAUAUUCAAGUUGAAGAGCUAAGCAUUAUUGGCAGUGGACCAGCCGUAAAGGGUGGUCUUGUAUUGGCAGCUGCACAGUCCAAUCUCCUGCCUAUGUUGGGACCUCCUAUUUUAAAUGCACCAGUUCCAUUUUCGACAAGCAUCAGAGGCGGGUUUAUCCCGAAACGCACCGUGGUUGUGAAAGGAAUUCUAAAAUCAAGAGCCAAAACCUUUACUAUUAAUUUUAAAGUUGGUUACAACAAUGACAUUGCUCUUCACCUGAUCCUUCGUCUUAACAAGAAAGCCGUGGUCAGAAACAGCUUCAUAAAUGGGGCCUGGGGAGAGGAAGAGACCGCCGUGACGAAAAAUCCCUUCAAAGAAGGAGAGUACUUUGAUAUUUCUUUCCGCUGUGGAGAGAAGAGUAUAAAAGCAUAUGUGAAUGGAACUCACUGCUUCGACUACGCACAUCGGCUCUACAAUUUUCAGCAAGUGGAUAAGUUAGACAUAGAUGGGGAUGCUAACAUUGUUUUUGUGUUUAUGUAAAGAAGUCUCUGGCUACCAUAUAUAACCCUAUGAAGAUAUCGAUGUAUCAAUGACCUUUCACUAAAUGUGUCAACGUCAACAUGUCGGCAAUAAAAACAUCACUUUUAUAUGUA